AUGGACUACGUUUAUGAGGCCGAACUGGCCCCCAAGGAUUCAGUGGACACACUCACACCGGUGGACGCCAAGACCGACCAAGAAUUCCUCAAGCUCGAGACAGAAAUCGAGAAGGCUUACAGUGUGAUUGAAGAGCAGACCUCGAAAUGGGGCUCGUCGUUUGGCGGGCUCUGGGGUAAUAUCCACAUCCCGGAAAAUAUCACACAGGCCACGUCACAGCUUAACGAGCAGUUUAGCCAGAUCAAGGCGAGGGUGGACGUGGAGCAAUUGACCUCCAAGGUACACGAAAACCUCGAGCAGGCGAAAUCCACGUUGGUCAAGUUCAAGGACGGGGAGGAGCAGGCCAAGAUGAUGGAAUUGCUCUCAUCAAAGACCAACACCUACCUCGACUCGCUCGACAAGGAAUUGGAGAUUGUGGAAAACACGGCGGGUAAUCUCGUGUCUAACUUCACAUCGUUUUUUGCGGGUGCGCUCACGAUCGAGGCACCGCACGCGGACGGGGAGUCGGCAUGUGAGACGGAUGCGGAUCACCAGAAGCAGACGGUUAUCGCCCAUUCGCGCACGGAGGCGCAGAUGCACACUUUGCACUCGUCGCCCGAGUUAUACUUGACCGCUGCCGAUGUUGAAGAUACUUCCUACAUUAAGUUUGCCGCCACGUUCGACAUUGCCUCGCAGACCGGCGAGAUCACUCAGCGCUUGGAGUCCACCCCGGCAUUGCACUCCUUGAUGAACGCCAUCGUGCCAACCAAGAUCGCCUACGCCGACUUCUGGAGUCGCUACUUCUACAUGUUGGCCAAGAUCCAACAAGAUGAGCAAAAGCGCGCCCAGUUGUUGGCCGGUGGGGCUGAAGAGACCGGGGAGACCGAGGACUUUGCCUGGGAUGAUGAAGAGGAGGAGAAGCCGGCGAAAGAAGUUACCGUCGACUCCAGCAACGUCAAUUCCAGCAGAACCAGCUCUGACGUGACGUAUGGGUUGGAAAGCGUGGACGGCUCCACGUUGGACGUUGUGGCCACCAAGAAGAGCGGGCCUAAGGUGGAGGCCACUCCAGAAGGUGAAGAAGACGACGACGACUGGGAAUAG